GUUACCGACUCGGUACUUUCAAUUUCCUUAUGAGGAACGCUUAAAGACUCAAAUAAAAGUUAUUUUUUCAAAACUGUGCGGUCGAGUGCGGUGCGGAGUAGUGAUGAAAAAAGAGCUGUCAAGAAAAGUUAUGGUGGUUAUUUGUGUCGGUUGUGACAUCUGAACGUGUUUAGAGAAUAACUUUAUGAAACGUUUAGGUUCAUUAGGAGAAAUAUUGUGUGAUAAGUCAUUUUCAGUGUCAAGAACAAAGGUUGUUUAUGCGUUUUUCUCGUUGUGAAUAACACAUUCUAAUGGGUGGAAACAGUAAAUCGUGUUGUGACAUUUUGAGUGAUGUUUUAAGGAGACAAACAUGAUUGAUGAACUCUCUGCGCCAUCGUUGUCAUCGUCAAGAACACACGCAGAGGAAAAAGCAGAGCACCAAAUACAACGACUGUGAGUGACCUCGACGGCCACGAAGAGGACGUCGAAGAGGCCGACGUGGUGGAGGAGCACUAGGUGAAAGAGGCGGGUCGGCUGCUCAGCGACAAGAUCUUCACCAUGGGCAAUUGUUGCUGCUGCCGCAGUCGGGCUUUGCCUCCGGCUAAGCAGAAAGGCAUGGAGGCAGAUUUAGUGAGAGUGGUGAAACACCCACCAUUUAUCGAAAGUCCCUUUCCCCAAGAACCAAGUUCGAUAAUCACCAACCGUCCCGAGAAUUUAUAUAAACCCCCACCGACCAAAGCCAGGCCUAUAAUGGUGGCCAUGUACAAUUACGAAGCCAGGGAUAGCCAAGACGUGUCUUUCAGAAAGGGAGAUAGAAUGGAGGUUAUCGACGAUUCCGAAGGGGAUUGGCUCAAAGUGAUACAUCUUGUUACUAAAGAGAAGGGUUACAUUCCAGGCAAUUAUGUUGCUCCAGAACAGAGUGUGGAAAGUGAAGACUGGUUCUUUGAGAACAUAUCCAGAAAAGAAGCCGAAAAACUUCUUCUUGCUGAAGAAAACCCACGUGGUACUUUUCUAGUCCGUCCUUCUGAACAUAAUCCCAAUGGAUAUUCUCUCUCUGUUAAAGACUGGGAAGAGUACAGGGGAUAUCAUAUUAAACAUUACAAAAUAAAGCCCUUAGAUAACGGUGGAUUCUACAUUUCUACGAACAAAACAUUUGACAAACUUUGUGAUUUAGUUAAUGCAUAUACCAAAAAUGCUUACGGUUUAUGUCAUGUAUUGUCGAAACCAUGUAAACGACCGCAACCUACAAUGUGGGAUUUGGGUCCCACAUAUCGUGAUAAAUGGGAGAUUCCUAGAGAUGAACUAGUCCUCAUUCAACGACUGGGACGAGGAAACUUCGGAGAGGUAUACUACGGAAAGUGGAAGAACAAUAUUGAAGUGGCUGUGAAAACUUUAAGAGAAGGUACUAUGUCAACUGCCGCUUUCUUAGAAGAAGCGGGAAUUAUGAAGAAAUUUAGACACAAGAGGCUUGUAGCAUUAUAUGGAGUGUGUAGCGAGGAAGAACCGAUUUACAUCGUGCAAGAGUAUAUGAGUAAAGGCAGUUUGCUGGAUUUCCUUAGGAAAGAUGAAGGGCGACAUCUCCAGUUUGAAGAUUUGAUUUAUAUUGCUUUCCAAGUAGCUUCUGGAAUGGAAUAUUUGGAAUCUAAACAACUUAUUCAUAGGGACCUUGCCGCAAGAAAUGUACUUAUAGGCGAAAACAACAUUGCCAAAAUAUGUGAUUUUGGAUUAGCCAGGGUAAUAGAAGACAAUGAAUAUUGUCCAAAACAGGGUUCUAGCUUCCCAGUGAAAUGGACAGCCCCCGAAGCUAUAAUCUAUAGUAAAUUCUCCAUUAAGUCCGACGUCUGGUCCUAUGGUAUCCUCCUGAUGGAACUAUUCACCUACGGACAAGUUCCUUAUCCCGCCAUGCACGGUAGAGAAGUCAUAGAUCUAGUAGAUAAAGGUUAUAGAAUGCCCAAGCCAACAACACAUCAGGUUCCUGAUGAAAUUUAUCAAAUAAUGUUGAACUGUUGGGAUGCCAAUCCCGAAAAGAGGCCGACAUUUGAAUUCCUUACCCAUUACUUUGAAGGAUUCAAUGUUACGUCCGAAGUUCCUUAUAGAGAAGUCCCAGAUUAAAGUUUAUAAAAGGUUUAUUUGGAUCAGUUUCUCGAGAAAAGAAUUCUUGACAUGGUUUUGAUAAACAUAAAACAAAUAAAAACAGUAACAGCAAGAUUUCGAAUAUUUUUAUACCAUAGUGUUGUUCAGAAGUAAAUAUUUUGUUUGUAUUUCCAUUAUUGAUAGUUUACCACAAUCCAGUAAAUAUUCACGGUAUUUUGUAUUAAAAAAUAGUACAAAAUUUUAGUAAACCGAAAAUUUGCUAAAAACAUGUGUUUAGUGUAAAUUAGGUACAAUCUGAAUGUUAUUUGCCUUAUUUAAUCGACGAAUGGAUUGUUAUUUAUCAUAGCAUGCCAAGAAAAUUCUUAUGUAAAGAAACCGAUCGAAAUACAUCCCACCUUAGUUUUUUUGGAAAUGUUAUAUUUUGUCAUUAACUAUGUUAGAUCUCAUUUAGUUUAAUAAAUGUUUGCUUCAUUCCUCUUCGAUAAUCUUUCUUGUGUUAUCUCUUAAGUUACACAACUGAAUGUCAGAAAGUUAAUACAAAAUCGGAUUUAAAAUACUUCUUCGCAUUAAAAUGUUUGUACUAGAGUGUUGUUCUAUCCUAAACGCGAUUGUGGUGGAGUAGAGCGCACUGCAAAAUAAUUGGUACGUUCAGACGACCUCAGCGGCUGGCCAGCUGAGUAAAAGGUAGCAUUUAGACGACACCGCUGGAAGUCAGCCGCUGAGGAGAUUUACUAAGUGUUCCCUAGUACCGCUGGAUACAACCACUUAGCCGCUUAGUGCUUACAGUCAGCCGCUGAGGUCGACCGAACGCACCCAAUGUUUGUUGGAUUAUUUUUCGUAGGGUGAGUCGUUUAGGAUAGUCUGUGAACAUAAUUCAGUUAUUUUUUCAAGUUUUACCUGGUUUUGGAGAAAAGUAUAAGUUUUAGAUUAGAAAUUGAAGUUCUGCAAAUAAACUUAAUAAAUGUGAUACAUCAAAUAGGUUGUAGUAUUUCAGUUAUAUAUUUUGAAUUGCUAAAGCAAGUACCUAACGAAACUUUUAAAUAAUUUUUUUAUUGAAAAAAUCACAGUACGUUUUCGAUAUAUAAAAUAUCAUCAUCAGUGUUAGAACUGGUUGAUCACAUGCUGAGCCAACAAAAAAAUACCAGGGUAUAAACCCUUUAAAUGGUAGGUAUAAAAAUUUGUUAGAUUAACACUGGUAUUUAAAAUUCCAAACGAUGGAUAAACUUCAUAAAGAUAAGGCUCUUAGGCACUGUAUGACUCACCCCAUUAAGUUGGUUGCUGAACAGGUGGAUUUUCCCUCCAUUCCUCAUGUAGAGACAAACCCACCUAUUCAGCAACCCACGUGAUGGGGGAUUGUCUCUCCAUUCCUAAUGGAAAGACAAAUCCAUCUGUUCAGUAACCUACGUGAUCGGGGAGUCAUACAGUGCCUAAGGGCCUUAUCCUCAUAAAGUUUAUCCAUCGUUUGAAAUUUUAAAUAACAAUGUUAAUGUAACAAAUUUUUAUACCAUUUAAAGGGUUUAUAGUUUAUACCCGGGUAUUUUUUUGUGGUGGAUCAGCAUGUGAUCAACCAGUUCUAACACUGAUGAUGAUAUUUUAUAUAUCGAAAACGUUGUGUGAUUGAUGUAGCCCUUUUAAGGGAUUUUAAUAAAUUUUAUACCGAAGGUAACCGUACAUGUUAUAUUAUUUAUAUUAUCUUUGCAGAUAACUUUGUAACUGAUGUUCGAAAACAUACAUACUUCUUCUUCUUCUUGACUGGCUUUACAACUCGGGGUGAGUCUUCGCCGCAUCCACUAUGGCCCUCCAUCGUCUGCGAUCUUACAUCUGCGAAAACAUACAUACACAACAAUGUAAAUCAGCUCCAGGGGACAUGUACUCCAUUAAAAUGUUACAUUUUUUAAGCCAUACCUUGUAUUUGUUAGAGGAGUCAAUUUUAUUUCUUUAAUGUGUAAGGGGGAUCAGUAGAAGCUUAAGUUCAAGUUUUUGGGGUCGCCACCCUUGUCCCCCGGCCGCCAUCUUGGAAAUGGGGUGCAAAGGGGUUUCGCACUAUAUCUCGUAAACUAUCAACCCUACGGAAAAUCUAAUUAAACAUAAAAUGUAGCAAUUAAAUUUUCUACAAUUUUGUUUCUAUUACUUUUUAUCGUCAAGUGACCAACAAAAAAGAUUUAAACAAAAAUAUGUAAAAUUUUUUUAACAAGUUUCUUUUUGGAGGUUAUAACUUUUUUUCAGUGCAUUUUAAAAUAAAAUAACACUAUAGCAAUUUUGUAGAGGGUUUUUCAACGAACAAUUUUCACUAUAAAGUUGUUUAAUUCUAUUUAUGUAUAUAGGUUUUACAGCGCUCCAAACUUGACCAGAUUCUCGAAUGCUCAUAGGGAUACAAUAAAAACAAAAGUUAGGAUUACUUUUCUAUCUAUAUAUAUUUUUUAUUCAUACAAUUUAUUAUGUUUUUAACAUUCCUAUGCUAUUAUUAUUCUGUUUUUGACCUUUCUCCCCACUAUAAAAUUUAUAUCCCUAAGCAUAUAUAGAAAAGGCCCAAGAAGUUGUUUGAGGACAAAUUCGCCGGUUCAGAAGAAGAAUGACGCAAACGCAAAAUGCAAAAUUCUUAAGAAGAGCAAAAAACGAUUUUUGAUAUCAAAAUCAUAAAGUAUGAUCAAAAUUAGCCAUUCACCACACCGUGGUCAGGAUCUCGAGAUUUAAGCGUUUUUUGGGUUGUGCAGCUUGUCUAUGAAGUAACAUAACUUUUUUCCUAUUAUAUAUUUUGUCUUAAAAUUUUCCAAAAAACCUCUUCAUGAAUUAUAUUUUAUUGUUGUGUUGGUUAAAAUUAUAAUAUAAAAAGUUUGUCACUCAACUUUUUUAAGUAAACAUGAAACUAACGAAAUAUGAUGACAAAAUGUUUAAAAAUUAACAACUCCUUUUUUAAUGUGUUUAAACAUUUUGGACAAAUUUCAUUGUUAUCUACAUACUUCAGAUAUGACACAGUAAAAUUUUCAAAAGGAAAUAUUUACAGCGACCAAAGAUACAGCGAGGUAAAUUUGAAAAAUCAUCAAAAUUGAUUUUUGGAUUUUUUGUAUAAAAUUUGACUUUUGAACAUGUUCCACCGCCUCUAGAUAAAAAUGGGUCAUUCACCUUAAAUUUGAUUUUCGUGGUCGGCAUAACGGUUGAUGCCGCUCGCCUAAUAUAUGGAUAGAAAAAUAUUUAUUUUUAUUGUAUUCCUAUGAGAAUUCGAGAAUUUGGUUAAGUUUGGAGCGUUGUAAAACCUAGAUAAUAAGUAAAGUUAAACAACUUUAUAGUGAAAAUUGUUCAUUGCAAAAUCCUCUACAAAAUCGCUAUGACGUUAUUUUAUUGUGAAAUGAACGGAAAAAAAGUUAUAACCUCCAAAAGGAAACUUCUUACAAAAUUUUCUCUUAUUUUUGGUUAUAACUUUUUUGUUGGUCACUUGACGAUAAAAAGUAAUAGAUAUAAAAUUGUAGAAAAUUUAAUUUGCUACAUUUUAUGUGUAAUUAAAUUUUCUGUAGGAUUGCUAGUUUAGGAGAUACAGCGCGAAAGCCCUUUGCACCACUUUUUUCAAUAUGGCGGCCGGGGGACAAGGGUGGCGACCCUAAAAACUUGAACUUAAGCUUCUACUGAACGCCCCUACACAUUAAAAAAAAUAAAAUUGACUCCUCUAAGAAAUGCAACCCUAAAUGUAACAUUUCAAUGGACUAAUGAGAUUCAUGGGGUAAGGUGUUCUCAUGUUAGAAAAUCAAAGAGUUCACGCCUCGUGGAGACGAUACACCCCUAACCCCCCAAGCUGCCUCAUGCCCUCCGCAAUCGAGGACAUAACGUUGGGGAGGCUUUACUUUAUUGAUAUUAGAUGCCGUGGGAAACGGGGCAUCCGAGAGGCCUUUCUACGAUGAUGCCACUUUAGUACGGGUGGCGUUUUGCGCCUUUCUCCUUGGUUUACCUUUCUUUUUGUGAAACCUCUAGAAUUGUCUCUUCUACAAAUGUGUGCCUGUCCAGCGGACUUGUUUGUUCAUUUCACCAGCCAACUAUCCUAUGGGUAAGAACAAAACAAGUAGGUCGCGGUGGAGGUGGAGGUCGCGGUCGAUGUCUACAUCCAUGUAAAACAAACACAUUGUAGUGAAUGAAGGAGAACAGAGCAGGUAAGUCGCGGUGGAGGUUUAGCGCGAUGCCAUUCAGGAGGUUUACAUCGAUGAGGUUGUUUUACAUGGAUGUCUACUGCGCGGCCUACAAGGAUGUUUCCCUGUAAUUGGUCCGUUUGAAGCCAAGUUGUCAUUACCUGCGCUAUCUAAGUUGAUACUUUUUAUAUAAUCCCUUUUUGUGUUCAGUUUAUUUUUGAAUUUAUUCAAAUUUCAUUAAACUACUUCACUUGAUAGUGGUUCUAGCUCAACUGACAGCGCAGGUGACCUCCUUCCUAUGUGCUGUCGACAUCGACCGCGACCUAACUAGUGGCAUCCACCGCUACCUACACCUCCACCUCGACCCACUUGUUCUGUUCUUACCCUAAGGAUCUAUCCACCAAGCUGUGCCUCACGGUGCACGGACUCAGUGCGCAGAAAUCGCGGUUACUCCAUCUGGGAUAAGUACCUGUGAAAAAAAUUACUGUCAGUGCAUAUCAACUCGUUUCGUUUCGUUUCCUACUGUGUGACUACCUUUUCAUAUUGCUCUCUUCACUCUUUAGGUUGAUAGUUAGUUGGUGUGUGGGUCUUCUGUGCCUUCACGCUGACUGUUUUCGUGUAGAUUGCAUUAUUUAUUAUAGGCGACAAACUGUGUUAUUCAUCUCAAGAAUAUUUUAGGAAGAUCUGAAAAUGCUGUUUUUGAAUUUCAAGUGUCGUCCCUGACGACUAUUUUGUACGUUUGGAGUUAGUUUUGACUUAACAAAUAGUGUAUUUAAACGCUGAAUAAUUAACAUAAUUAUCAGGUAAUAAAAUAUGCAAGGAGCAGGAAUCAAGAAUCCUAAAGGCACGUAUCCAUACGUUGGUGUUCCGUGCUCCGUGUAACAGCUCCACUAUGUGUUGGUGCUCCCGCUCGGCGCUCACCCUUUUUGAUUCAACCGGUUUGCGGUUUAUAUGUAGGGGAGCGCAUGCCAAAUCCAUUUGAGCAGCUACACGGAGCACCAACGUAUGGAUACGUACAUUUAUACUUUUGUUUUUUUUUUUUUCAAAAUAUUAAAGGAGUAUUCAUUUUACGACUUGCGGUAAUCUUAAAUUUGAUAAAUUUUAAAAAUUUAAUUUUUAAUCUGAUUCUUAAAUUCCACAAAAAACCUAUUAUGAAUCAACAUUUUAUAGUUUCUUUAAAUAAGUAUGAAAUAUACAUAAUAGUCUUAUGUAAAUGGCAUACACUCUAAAUAGAAACACAUUCUAUUAGAGGCCAUCUGGCAAAAGAAGAAGUUAGUUGAAUUCUGUUCACAGACUACCUAUUUGGCAAUCAGCAGUUUCUUUGUGAUAUAUUUAGAUCAUAACCUUGACUAGUCACUUAUAUAGUGAAUGUUACUAAACAUUUUUAAUAAAAGCGGAAACAUCACGAAAAGUAAAAUUUUUCUAUACCAUUUACACUUUGUAAAAUUAUUCUUAUUUCAUAUGUACCGUUUUACUAUUCUAACGUUAUUAACGCCUUCUAUUUUUAGUAGGUACUUCCCAAAUUUAUUUUUAAGUGUAUACAUGGUGUAACAAAAAGACAGGUCCUAAAUUAAAUCACAUAUUCUGUGACUAAAAGUAAAUCGAUUGAACCUAACUUACCUUAGUACAAAUGUGCACAUAAAAAAGUUACAAUCCUUUGAAGGUACAAAAUGAAAAUCGAUUUUUUCCAAUAUGUCGAAAACUACUAGAGAUUUUUUAUUGAAAAUAGACAUGUAGCAUUCUUAUGGCAGGAACAUCUUAAAAAAAAUAACAAUGAAAUUUGUGCACCCCAAAAAAAUUUUAUGGGGUUUUGUUCCCUUAAACUCCCCCAAACUUUUGUGUACUUUCCAAUUAAAUUAUUAUUGUGGUACCAUUAAUUAAACACGAUGUUUUUAAAAAAAUGUUUUUCUUUUUAGUAUUUUGUCGAUAAGCCAGUUGUUAGCGAGAUGCGGCUUCUUUUUUAAUAUGUUUUAAAAUAUACCUAAAAAUGUAAAUUAAAAAUAAAUUUUUAUAAUAUUACCAGGUCUAUAUAAUCUUACUUAACCAUUUACAAAAUAUGAGGUGGAUUUACUUUACAAAUGCUCAAAAUAUCUCGAUAAAAACUCGACUUAACAAAAAAGUACUGAGAGGUAAAAAAGUUUUAAAAACAUUGUGUUUAACUAAUGGUACCACAAUAAUAAUUUAAGGGUACAAAACUCCCAUAAAAUUUUAUAGGGUGCACAAAUUUCACUGUUUUUUACGAUAUUUUGUAACUUCAAAGGGCUGUAGCUUUUUUAUGUGCAUAUUUGUACUAAGGUAAGUUAGGUUCAAUCGAACUAUUAUUGGUCUCAGAAUAUGUAAUUUAAUUUGUCUUUUUGUUAUACCCUGUAUUUGUUACAGUCUUAUUGGGUAACUGAAAUAAUGUUUUUGUAUUAAUACUUAGAGUGAUAUUAUUUAUUUACCGCACAAUUUAUAUAUACUUUUAUCGUAAUUGAAUUACGGAAAAAGUGUUGGCUAGUAUUGUACCUUUUUAGAUAUUCUGUACAUAUGUAGAUGACUUUUGGUCAAAUUUACAUUGCUUUUUUUUUGUCGCAAAAAAUAUUUUUUCCCAAACCAAGUUUUUUAAUAAACAACACCAAAGAAGUAUGUAACGAAAGUAAGUUUAAUAAAGGAUCGUUUAAAAUUUGCCCAAUUUUCUUGUGACAUAUUAUCUGACAAAUAUCUUUUUAAAGAUAUAUUCAACUUGGCAGUGGAGUAUUAACCUAUCAUAGGAUCACUUAUAAUAUUUUUUAAAGUUAUAUAGUUUAUUAGUCAUACUAGUCCUGUCGCUAGUGGGGGUACAACGGCCUCCUUAAUUCAGAUGGACUUACCCAAGUUUUUUUAUGUAUUUUGACCCGUAGAACACGAAUUUUUUGGGUAACAGUCGAUCCGGAUGUCGAUAAGAUUGUUAUAAACAAAGAAGUUGAGGAAUCACAUAACAGCGAUUUUUUGGAAAACAAAACAUUUUUUUGUUUUUUUUUGGGCCAUUCUAAGCAAAAAAUGUUUUUUCGUAGGAUGCAUAGUUUUCGACAUAAACGCGGUUGAACUUACAAAAAAUCGAAAAAUUGUAAUUUUUGAACCCGAAUAACUUUUGAUUGAAAAAUAAAAUAUCAAUUCUGCUUACCGCAUUUGAAUGUCUAAGUCAAAUUCUAUCGGUUUUAAUUACUUUCAUUGCUAAAAAUUAAUUUUUUUAUUGUUAAAGAAAGCUAUAAACACAUAGUGAUUGAAUGAUGUUUUCAAUGCAUUUCUCAUUUGAAAUCAAACGAGUAGGCGCGCAUACAGACAAUUUUUACGUAGAUUACGUACAUCAAAACGCAUGCAUUGGGCACGGAAAACACUAUGUGUUUAUGGCUUUGUUUAACAAAUAAAAACUUAAUUUUUAACAAUGCAAAUAAUCAAAACCGAUAGAAUUUGACUUAAACUUUCAAAUGCAGUAAGCAGAAUUGCUAUUUUAUUUUUUAAUCAAAAGUUAUUCGGGUUCAAAAAUUGCACUUUUUCGAUUUUUUGAAAGUUUAACCGCGUUUAUCUCGAAAACUAUGCAUCCUACGAAAAAAUUUGCAAGAUCAUUUUUUGCUGAGAAUCACCCAUAAAAUACAAAAAAAUGUUUUGUUUUGCGAAAAAUCGUUGUUAUGUAAUUCCUCAAGUUCUUUGUUUAUAACAAUGUUAUCGACAUCCGGAUCAACUGUUACCCAAAAAAUUCGUGUUCUACGGGUCAAAAUACAUAAAAAAAACUUGGGUAAGUCCAUCUGAAUUAAGGAGGCCGUUGUACCCCCCCCCCUGGCGACAGGACUAUACAGGAGAAAAGAGAAAACAAUUUAUUUUGGGGAAAUAAAAUGUAUAUGAUAUAAUUUAAAGUUUUGAUGUUAAGCCGAAUUUAAACUUGUUUUGUUAAAAGAGUUCAUACGAUACGAAGUGAAAAUGGUUAUUCAUUUUUUACGAUACGAAGUGUUGAUGAGCUAUCUGAUUUUGUUCAAAAGAUGUUUUUCUGAGGCAAUUCAGAUUUUCGAACGUAAUUUAUGUUGUAGGUAAAAUUCUACUCUUAAAUUGAAACUUUAAUUAUGUGGUAUUCUUUCCAAAAGAGGCUAGCAUAUACAACAUGUUUUAACCAAGAAAUUUUUAUAUUUGUUUUAAAAUAAAAUGACAAUAAAUUACUUAAUUUUGCUUUUUCUAAUGUACAAAUGUGCCAACUAUAUCGAUUGAUACAAAAACAACGUAAGCAGUUACCUCCUAAGACUAUCAUUUUAUUUCCAAAGUAGUAUUUUUAGAUAAAGAUAAAUUCGCAAAAGACUGUACUUAUCGCUUUGUACAAGAAACAUAAAAUUGUGUCUAAGUUACGUAAUUUCUAAACUGAGCCGCGUACGACUAUAGAAUUAGUACAAAAAGUUUAGAAACGAGUAGUGUAUAAGCUGAUAAGUAAAAUGUAUAAACCAAGCAGUAAGAGUUAAGUUCUAGUAGGAUGUACGAAUAAAAUAUGUUUAUUAUUAUUUAACUAGCAUUAUUUCUUACUAAAUUUGUUACAUAUCAUCUAUAUCAGCUAUUUAAAUUUACGUCUUCGUACUCUUCUCUAAUCGUCCUAAUCAUAGACAAUACCGUUAACCUUAGAACUUCUGCAACUUGCUAAAACACAAGCAAAAAGAUUGCAAGGUCACUUCGACGUCGUUUAGUGGCUUUAGCAAUAAUUGCGCUAUACUUUAUUUCACGUUAAUAAUGGACUUCUUCUUUAUGUGCCUUGUCCGUUACGGAUGUUGGCUAUCAUCAUAGCAAUUUUAAUUUUGUUUGCGGCGUUUCUGAAUAACUCGAUCGAUGUUAGUCCAAACCAUUGGCGUAAUUUUUGAAGCCAUGAGUGUCUUCUUCUUCCGGGUCCGUGUUUGCUUUCUAUUUUACCCUGUAUUAUCAGUUGGAGUAUAUAUUUAUCAUGUCUCAUAAUAUGACCGAGAUAUUCAAGUUUCUGUUUCUUAAUUGUGAAAGAGAUUUCUUUUUGUUUUCCCAUUCGGCGCAGUACCUCUACGUUGGUGGUGUGAGUCGUCCAGGAUAUUUUGAGGAUACGUCGAUACAACACAUUUCGAAUGCCUCCAGCUUUCUCAUUAAUGUUUCCGUCAGUGUCCAUGCCUCUGCGCCAUACAGCAAGACUGGAAAUGCAUAGCACUUUAGCAGCCGUAUUUUUAGUGGGAGAGAUAUGUCGGAAUGGGUGAAUAUAUUUUUCAUGUUUUUAAAUGUUGCUCUGGCCUUUUCAAUUCUAGAUCGUAUUUCGAUUGUUUGAUCCCAUUUCGAGUUGACAAUUGUUCCAACGUAUAUACACGAGUCAAGGUGUUCAAUUAGUUGGUUUUUUAUUUUCAAUUGUCUGGCAGGUUUUUGAGUUUUGCUGACCAGCAUCCAUUUUGUUUUAUUUAUGUUGAGGUUUAAGUCCUCUUUCUUCACUCGCUCUUUGUACCCUGUCCAUAAGAUACUGAAGUUUAUCGAUACUACUGGCAAGUACGAUUGUAUCGUCCGCAUAUCGGAUGUUAUUUGUCAAUUCUCCAUUGAUUUUUAUGCCUUCGUUUGCUUCAUCCAGUGCUUUUUUAAAAAUUUGUUCGGAGUAAAUAUUAAAAAGGAGAGGGGAGAGAACAUCCCUGUCGCACACCUUUUCUGAUAUCAAUGCUCUCUGUGGACGCAUUGUAGACUUUUACGCAGAUCAGUGUUGCUAAACCACGUGUUGCUACUAGACAACUGGACUGUCGAUAUAAGAUUCAUUCGGCGCGUUUCUAUCGUCCAUAAGAAAUACGUAGCCCUAUCUCUGCAACGUUCCGUUCUUAACGCGAAGCUGUCUAUAGUGCGGUACAAAUUUAUUUUUUACUAGCAAUAAAACAAGUAAAAAUGUUACAUUACUUUAUUUUGCCAAAUAUUUCUUUUGGGGUUAACGUCAGCCCAAUAAACCCGUUACUUAGGAAAAUUAAGAGAACUGAAUGCAUAUGUCUUUUAUGUAGUUAAGUUUAUCUUUUUUAUGUCUCUUGGUUGGUGUUUAAUUGGAAGUUCACCUCAUCCCUCCCCAAGGCACAUUUCUAGAUCCGCCACUAUAGGAAUAAUAAUUCUUAAAAGAACUAAUCUGAAGAAUAUGGCCGUGAGGAGACUGGAGGCAUUCGAGAUGUGGAUGUACCGAAGAAUACUGAAGAUCUCAUGGGUAGAUAGAAUAACCAACGUAGAGGUAAUGAUACGUAUGCAUAAGAAAAGAAAAGUACUUCUGUCCCGUUGUGGUUUACGGAAACAAUUAAAUGAAAUUAAAAUAAAUGUAAACACAACAAACUGUCAAUAAUAUAUUUAUUUGUGUCGGUAAAAUAGCGUGAAUAUUUCUCGAAAGAGGGUUUGUUAUUCUUUGCGAGUGUGGUGGUGUGACUGCACCGGGUGCGCGCUGUGACUAUACUAAACUACAAACAUAAGUUUUACAUGUCUGUGGUUUUUAAAGAAGUGGAAGACUGAUUUAUUGACAUGUGGAAUUUUUUUCCCAUAAAAUGAACAGACCAUUAAUAUCUGGAUAGGGAUAUAUUUCGUUUCUUAAAACUUAACAGGCCCUUCUAUGCAUAUGGUUUGUAUAUUAAAUGUGAAGUUUAAAUGGGACGUAUUAUUUCAUUUUGAAAAUUAUUAAAAAUUAAAAUUAGCAAAAUAGUAAUUGAAGCGUGUCGCCACACUUCUAACAAUUAAGAGAAGAAAACUGAGACAUAUGGGACAUUUAAUGAGAAGAGAUAAAUACCUAAUACAUACUCCAGGUCAUUAUGCAAGGAAAAAUUCAGGGAAAAAGAUCCAUAGAAAGGAGACGUAACUCAUGGCUGAAGAACCUUAGGGGAUGGUUUGGAUGUAGUACCAACGAAUUAUUUAGAGCCGCGGUCUCAAAAGUAAAAAUCACUCUGAUGAUUACCAACCUUCGAAGCGGAGACGGCACCUAGAUAAGAAGAAUAAGAACUAAAGUAUUUCCGAAAUUAAAAUGAAAAUAAUUGUAUAUUCAAAAUAUAACUCUUAAAGUUGUUUCUCUCAUUACCCAAAAUAUUAAUGGUUUCAUCUCAUUUAGUCUCACACGCUAAAUGACCGUGUAAUAAGUUCUCAUAUUUUAAGAAAGCUUGGUUUUACCGGUCUCAAAUUUUCGGUAAUUUUCAAUGGGAGUGUUUCUAAAUGUAGAACUAUUUCAUGAAAUGUGAUGGAAGUGACCAUACAUUUUUUUAUCGACAUAUCCCUACAGAAGAAAGUCAUUUGGCACGACAUUUUCGGUCGAGGAAUAGUUUUAUCAAAAUCAGUCGUCGAUACGAGUGUUACUAUCUUUGUAGAACAAUUUUAAUCUUGAUCAAGAUAUAUCUUGUUCAUGUUUUCGCAAAAGACAUGUCGUUCUCUCUUGGUAAACUAUGUUGUCAAUCUUGGUAAGUCUUAUUGGUCCUAUUAUCACUAAGGACAUCAGUUCUAGUAGGUCUACCAUUUACGUAACAUUAGAAAAAUAAACACAACCUAUUAAUAAAUUGUGUUGACUAGCCUUCGUACGCCUGACUACUGACAAUCUGAACAAUCUACAAUGACUACUGAACAAUCGAAAUAACUUUUUAUAACAAAGACUAUUUCCUUAACACUUAAGCAUAUACAUAUUCGCUAGACUAGAGCGUUAACUGCACUGCGGAAUUUAUAAAAAGUUCUGUACGCCCCUAGACGUACCGUAGCGGUGUUGCCAAUAUAAGUAUGAUAUCUGUCUCUCCCAUUUGAGAGCAUAGCAGUCAAUCUGCAUUUAAAUUUUAUAUGUAUGUUAAUCUCGUGUAUGUACAGCUAUUUCUCUUCCAGGCCUGUAGAGUUUUCGUCAUAACGUUAAAGAUUAACAAUAUUUUACCUUAUUCACGUACUGAUACUAAUUAACUAUCAGUCAUGUUGACAUUUAUACUAAUAGAUUCAUAAAUGUUCUCUAGUUAUUUCAUGACAACAUAGUUUUGUUAUUCAUGGCGUUCAAAAGCUUUGAUAGGAACAAUAUUUUUUGAUUUAUUGUAAUUUGAUGUAUUAUAGAAUACAAUUUUAGAUCAUCAAAAUCCUAUAGUAAUGUCCUACUAGAAUUUUACUUAAAACAAUUUCGUAUAUACAUUUUAGUUGUCAUCUUUUUGUCUAAAGUGUCCUAUUCCAGAAUUUAACUUUUUAUAAGACUUUUUGUACUUCGAAAUCUUUUGUACAAUAAUAUAAUGAGAAUUUAUUGGACGUGGACCAAUGGUAUUCGUAAAAAGCUUUGAAUGAAUUUGGAAGUACAGUUGAUAGUCAAAAUGAAAGAACUGCCCAGCAAACAGACCGACGUGUUAAUUACGUGAAUUUCUGGUACAUUUGUCACCAAUAUACGUAAAUUGCUUACGUGAAUUUCACGUGAAAAUUUGGUUGGAAUGUCACAUUGAAAAUACGUCUUUAAAUUACGUGAAUAACUCGUCUUCAAUAGACGUGUUAUUCACCUUAAAUACCAAUAAAAUGUUUCGGGAAAUUCACGUUGCAAAUACGUGUUGAUUAACAUAUCUUUUAGGGAAUGUAUAUAUUAGUAUUCACGUGAAAGAUACGUCCUCGGUUCACGUAAAUAAUUCGACCUUAAUUAACUUACUAAUCAUGUAAUUAUUAUCCUCAUAUGACGUAAAUAAAACAAGCCUAUAAAGUAUUAUCAAUGUAUUUAUUUAGUAGAAUUUAGAGACUUUAAAACAUUUGUCUUGUAUAAUUAUUAUACAAGAUAAUGAACCAAAAAUGCUACCGACCAAAAGACGCAUUAAAAAAUUUGCCAACACAAAACACAACACAGGUCACUUUUUAUUUUGACGACACUUUCUUGUUUUUUCACGACACUUCAACCCUCGAGCAGUGAGGUAAACGUUAAUACGAAAGGCAUUAUUAUAAAUAAACCCGCCUAAAAUAAAACGAGGGAAAUAAAGCUCUUCACGUUUCACUUUCACUUUUUGUUGUGAGAAAUGUGAGAAGCUGAUAUUGAUAUUAGAGGUUAUGCUCAUCGAUUAUAAAAAUCGAUUAUUUUUAAAUUACAGUUAAACUAUUCUACUUACUUUAAAUUAGUUUUACAUAUUUUCUUUUUGUUUUUAAAUUUCUUCUGCUAUUACCUAAUUGGUCUUACUAAAAAUCUAUUUCAAUACCAGAAUAAUAUAAAAAAAUAAUCCUAUCGAAUUAUCCUAUUAUUCGAUAAAUCGAUUAAUUUAGUUUUCGAACCAACUAUGUUAAUCACGUAUCGUGGUCACGUGAUAGUAUUUAAAGGAGGAGAAAGGCUUGGUAGUACGUCACCACCGCGCGCGAUUUGAAAAUUAGACUCGACAUCAUUUUAGCUGUGAUAUUUUUAAAGAAAAAAAAAAAUAGCAAAAAUAGCUUCAAAUCAAGGUUGGAUUGAAAUAGUUAUGCUAAAUGAUUUUAAAAGCGAAAUCAUAAACUUUUUGUUUAAAUAUUGGUAUUAUUUACAUUACUUUACGUGGAAUACAUCUAAUUUUUCGACGUCCAUAAAAUACAGGGAGUAAAAUUCAAGCGAUACGUAUUUAACCAACACCGUUGUAAAAUUUUGUUUUCAAAAAUAUUUCUCAAAAUUUUACCAAAGGAAGUUAUUUCUGUUUCGUGAUUAUUACGUGAAAUAAACGUACCUUUGCGAUGUAACCGACAUUCACACCUAUGAUAAAAAACAUGUACAAUAUUCGUCAUUAUGAUUUUAUAUUAUUCUAAUGUCAAACAUGUAUAAAGGAAGCAAAAAUAUAUUGGUGAAUGAUUUGGCACUGAAAUACGUUUUUUUCCCGUCAUAAAUCUCCGAGUUACGUAUUCGUUGAAAUUUGCCGUAAAUUUAACGUAAUUAUCACGUAACUGGGCUCAAACCUGUUUGCUGGGUGUGCUUCUAUAUUUAUUCUAACGCCACUAAUUUAGUUACUUACUGUGCUAAGCGUAAAGUGAUUUGUAUACUUGUGUGUUUCCCUUAUACAGGGUGUUCCGGAAAAUAGUACGUUCUUAAUGGCAUGGGCUGAGUGCACCAUUUGUAACAAAAAAGUGUUAUAAUAUUUUUUUGUAAAGUUAACCGUUUUAAAAUCCAUUUAAUCCGUUUGCUUAUUGUCCACAGAAAAGCAAAUACAGCCGGCAACGUUGCGCUCCUUAUUAUAAUACUACGUUAAAAACUUUCAUGAAUCAGCGUUCGUUAGGCAUAAUUUUGUAUUGAUAUUGAUAACAAGGAUAUAGAAAAACACUUGUUUUUAUUAAAUAUUUAUUAAUUAAGAGUUAUAUACUGUUUUAACUUAUAUAAAAAAUUAUUAUUACAAUAAAUUAAUGUUCGAAGUGGCCACUGUCUUGUGAACAAUGUUUUUAGAAAUGCCAACCAUUCUAGCUACAUACGGGUACUAACUGUUGGAUUAUCACUGAAUAUAACCAAAAUCACAUCUUCUGUAUAUUUAUUCUAUGGUUAGGUAGUAACUCGUGUUCUACCGCUAGUGGGACACAUUCACAAAACAUCGGGAAUAGCCCUAUUAUUGUCACAGUGAGAUUCACCGUACGUAAUAAUAUAGGCGUAACCAGGGGGGUUUUGGCGGCUAUAACCCCCCCAUUUGGAUGUACUUUGAGCCCUAUACGCUUAAUACCAUUACUAUUCCAUACCCCCAGAGAUCAUCAAGUAGUUGGAAUCUCCCCCUUAGGAUCAUCCUGGUUACACCUCUGCGUAAUAACAUAUCGUGAUAUUCCCGAAUCGAAAACAUGACAAUACGAUGUAUUCUCGGGUUACAGGUAUUUACGACUGUUUACAAAUAUGUGCGUUCUUUGUAUCAAAAUAAAUUAAACUGCCGGGUUGCAAAACGUAAGUUUAAAAUACAUUUAUUUUUAUUUUUUGAGGCAACAGAUGACCUUAGAAAAAAAUAUAAGAAAGUUUUCUUUUAAAUGGUGCAUUCUACCCAUACCUUUGGAUCGCACUAUUUUCCGUGACACCCUGUAUAUUUAGUUGAUUCUUUAAUUUUUAAAUACGUUUUUAAGAAUAUAUCUCACACUAUAGGUACCGGAAAUAAAAAUGAGAAAAUUUAAUAUUUUUUAAACCUUUUAUGACCUAUGUAAAAUAAUAAAAGUACUAAACUGUUUUGUAAUAUAAUUAAACCAUGUUUUGUUAACAUUUGAGAAUGUUCCUGUGCUGUGAGAUAAUUCGAACGCCUCUUUGGUAUUAAUUUUUCACUUGCUGUUUUCUUUUUUUUAUGCUUUAUACUUCCUGGUGCAAUAUUGUAUAAAUAUUUUUAUAACAUUACUCUCAAAAUUUAGGCAUACAAUUCUGUUUAUGAUGCUAAUUAGAUGUGUGUGAGUGUUUGUGUUAGUAUAUACAUAAGUUUCGUCCAUUGAGAUACAAAGUCACGUCAAAUAUAUCUACAUUGUAUUCUUUUUCUUUAUUUUAUAAGAAAGCCAUAUAUGUUAACAGAAUUUUAUAGGAACAAUCAAUAUAACUUUUGUAAAUAUAGUGAGUACUGAAUAAAAUAUUGUAUUACUCCUAA